GCCUUGGGGAGUGUGUUGGGUGCGCCUGAGCACCUUCGCGUCCCAAACUGCCUGUGUUUGUGAGAGGCUGGUGGCCACUUGCUCCUCCCUGGUCCCUCCUCCUGUGGCCGGGGGAGGAGAGGAUCCGGAGAUAAGACCUUCCCCCGGCGGGCGGAGGGCGAAGCCCGCGAGCUGCCGACUCGCGAGCGGUAACCUGGCUGCCCCUUGGCCUCGGUGACCUCUGCUGGUAGCCAGCAGCAGUCGGGUUUGACGCGCUCAGGUCGCGUUGCUGCGCCGCGGAACAAGCUUGGUCCCCGGCUGUUUGAGAGCAGCUCACCAGGGCGCCGGUCUGCCUUGAAGAAGGUUAAGCUGAAACUACUGCUCAGGCUCCAAGAUGUUGCCUCCCAAACUGCAUGUGCUCUUCUGCCUCUGCAGCUGCCUCACCCUGGUUCAUCCUUUUGAUUGGCACGACCUAAAUCCCGUUGCCCAUAUUGAACCAUCAGCACGAAUCAAUAAAAUACAAGCUCUGAUGGCUGCUGCAGUGUCUGGCCAAGCUAAAAUCCCCAAAGGAAGUGGACCUUACUCCGUCGGUUGUACAGACUUGAUGUCUAAAUAUACUCCUAAGAGCACCUUCUUGCGCCUGUAUUAUCCAUCCGAACCCAGUGAUCACCCUGACACUGUUUGGAUCCCAAACAAAGAAUAUUUUUAUGGCCUCAGUAAAUUUCUUGGAACACACUGGCUUAUGGGCAAAAUUUUGAAUGUAUUAUUUGGUUCAAUGAAAACUCCUGCAAGCUGGAAUUCCCCCAUGAGGACUGGGGAAAAAUAUCCACUAAUUGUUUUGUCUCAUGGUUUGGGAGCAUUCAGGACAAUUUACUCUGCUAUUGGCAAUGAGCUGGCCUCUCACGGGUUUAUUGUUGCUACUGUGGAACACAGAGAUGGAUCCGCUUCUGCGACUUACUAUUUCAACGACCAGUCUGCUGCAGAAACAGGGAACAGGUCUUGGCUCUAUCUGAGGACCCUAAGACAAGGGGAGGAGCAGGCUCCUCUACGAAGCGCACAGGUGCAACAAAGAGCAAAGGAGUGUUCUGAAGCUCUCAAUGUGCUUCUUUCUUCAUUUCCAGUGAAGAAUGUUUUAGAUUUAGAUUUUGAUAUGCAACAACUGAAGGACUCUAUCGAUAGGAAUAAAAUAGCAGUAAUUGGACAUUCUUUUGGCGGAGCCACAGUUAUUCAGGCUCUUCAUGAUGACCAGAGAUUCAGGUGCGGAAUUGCCCUGGAUGCGUGGAUGCUGCCAAUGGAUGAGAAAGUGUAUUCCAGGUUUUCUCAGCCCCUCUUUUUUAUCAACUCUGAGCGGUUCCAGUAUCCAGCUAAUAUCAUAAAAAUGAAAAAAUGCUUCAUACCUGGUAAAGAAAGAAAAAUGAUUACAAUCAGGGGUUCGGUCCAUCAGAAUUUUGCUGACUUCACUUUUGCAACUGGCAAAGUAACUGGACACCUAUUCACAUUAAAAGGAGAAAUAGAUUCAAAUGUAGCUCUUGAUCUUACCAGUAAAGCAUCAUUAGCUUUCUUACAAAAGCAUUUAGGACUUCAGAAAGAUUUUGAUCAGUGGGAUUAUUUGAUUGAAGGGGAAGAUGAUCACCUUAUUCCAGGGACCAAUAUUGACACAAGCAGCCAUGGCAUUCUACAGAACUCCACUGAAAUUGACAAACACAAUGCAGAUUAAAAGUGUUUUUAAAAAAGUCGUAUUUUAAAAAGAUCUCAAAUGUGUGUUGUAUGAUUUUAAUGUAUUUUCUCAAUGAACUCACAUUUUAAAAUGUAGGCAAUGCCAUUACAGUGACUGAAACUUGGAUUAAAGUUUUUUGUUUGUUUGUUUUAAUUGUAUAUCUCCACAAGAAAACAUAGCACUAUUGAGUGUCCAUUACAACCUAUGGAGAACUUCAAUCUUAGGUCACAGUGAAAGUUUUAUUUUUUUAAGUGUAAGGAAAGACUGCAAUAUAUAAAAACCAUACCAGCCUUAAUUUUACCUUUUACUAAAAUUAUCCUUUUUUAAAGUAUCAAGUUAAUAACUGUUUUUACAUUACCAUAAUGAACAAGGAUAUUAAAACAGGCACAAUGCCAAGAAAACAUUGUGAGGACAUAACACUCCCUAAAAAUAUAAUAGAGAGAUUUUUUUUGCCUCA